AGCAUCCAACCCGCCCGUUUCCUACUCAAGGUUGAAAGCCUCCCUGCUCGUUGGGUUAGCUGCUGGAAAAACCAGAGCAGUGUCUCCACAUACGGUGUUUGAUUCAGUUCAAAGAGAGUUAUCAGUUUUGGAGGAGGAAAUUGAAGCUUUUCGUUCUAGUUGAUCGUUAAUUUGGAUUAGGCAUACAUACAUGGGUUCAAUGUUAGAACCAUUACCAGCAACAAAUUAUAGGAAGCCACUGGGAAUUAGAUUCUUAGAGCACAUUAAGAAGAAAACCCUGUCCUACAAAGCCUACCAGGCCAUUGUCCUAAUUGUGACAUUUUUUGCAUAUGCAAGCUACCAUGCUACUCGAAAAACCACAAGCGUUGUCAAAAGUGCGCUUGAUCCUGAAUCUGAUGUAAGCUUGAAGUUUAGCCCAUGGUGGAGAAAGAAUCUUGGCAGACCAGUUUCAUGGGCACUGGGAAGUGGAUGGGCUCCAUUUGAUGGAGCAGAUGGUACAGCUUUGCUUGGUGAUAUCGAUGUUGCAUUCCUUGGAGUAUAUGCCAUUGGAAUGUACUUUUCCGGGCACUUGGGCGAUAGGUUAAACUUAAGAAUCUUUUUGACAGUGGGAAUGGUAGGAACUGGUUUGUUCACUUCGCUGUAUGGUGUGGGUUACUGGGCAAAUAUCCAUAUUUUUUACUAUUUCUUGAUAGAUCAGAUGUUUGCUGGUUUGUUCCAAUCAACUGGAUGGCCCUCAGUAGUUGCUGUGGUAGGCAACUGGUUUGGAAAGAGCAAGAGAGGACUAAUUAUGGGGAUAUGGAAUGCUCACACUUCGGUGGGGAACAUUGCAGGUUCUGUGAUUGCUUCAGUCCUAUUAGCCUAUGGGUGGGGAUGGUCCUUUGUUGUUCCCGGCCUCAUGAUUGCUUUUGUUGGUCUGGUGGUUUUCCUCUUAUUGCCUGUUAGUCCUGAAUCUGUUGGAGCUGUUGCAGAGGAAGAUCAAGUACACUCUCCCAGGAAAAAUGGGGAGGAGGUAACUGAACCUCUAUUGCAGUCGGAUACAGAGGUUAAGAAGAAAGCCAUAGGGUUCAUUGAAGCAUGGAAAAUUCCUGGAGUUGCUCCUUUUGCUCUUUGCCUUUUCUUCGCCAAAUUGGUUGCUUAUACAUUUCUUUAUUGGCUUCCUUUCUACAUUAGCCACACAGAUAUAGAUGGCAAGUACUUAUCCAGUGAGGCAGCUGGAAACUUAUCUACAGUCUUUGAUGUUGGAGGGGUGGUUGGAGGAAUUCUAGCUGGCCAUAUUUCAGACCGCCUAGGUGCCAGAGCCAUAACAGCAGCAAGUUUUAUGUACUGUGCUAUCCCUGCCCUCUUCUUCUACCGAAGCUAUGGAAGCAUUUCCGUGCCUGUAAAUGUAGUGCUCAUGUUCAUCACUGGAUUGUUUGUGAAUGGCCCCUAUGCUCUUAUAACAACAGCCGUCUCGGCUGAUCUGGGUACCCACAGUUCACUGGAAGGAGAUUCAAGGGCAUUGGCAACCGUAACAGCAAUUAUAGAUGGCACAGGUUCUGUUGGGGCUGCUCUAGGCCCAUUACUAACCGGCUACAUCUCUGCCAAGAGCUGGAGUGCAGUUUUUACAAUGUUGAUGGCAUCUGCUCUGGUGGCAGGCCUACUUUUAACUAGGCUUGUUGUGGCCGAGGUGGCUGCCAAGAUCGCAGAAUCAAGACGGCAAGGAGGGCCAACAUCAAGAUCUCCAGUACCGCUUGAAGUGUGAUUUCUCUGAAGAGUUAUAAUUAGCUUGUAUUGAAUGUGUGAUAUUCUCAAUGUUUAUGAGCAGCCUAGGUUCACCGCCUCUGAUUAUCAGAUGGGGCGAAGAUCUUGUAUGUUUAAAGAUGGGAGAGGGUGCUUUUUAACCUUCUUCAUAGUUAGUUUGUAAAUUGAAGGAAAAGUGAGUCACGUAUUUGAUUCUACCUAUCUAUAUGUACAUUUUUCACCCAUUUUAUCAGUAAAGGGAUCACACAUCCAGAAGGAUGGUUCACGCAGAAA